AUGACAGUAUGCCUCCAGAACCGCGGGGUGCAUGCCACGUCAAGCUCCAACGGUGUGACUAUGUGGCCUGACCACCCUAAGGGCUGGGGGCAGUGUCGUCUGACGCCGUUCAAGCAUCCUCGAAGACGUCACCUCAUCAGAGAGGUUGUUUCGCCCCCAGAGUCAAUGGCCAUGCCAGACCAGGGCCCAACCAAUUCCCGCACGCAGGAAGAGAAUGAGGAGGGCAUCUGCAGCUCAAUCGCCCCCCGAAUCCUUGACUUCGACGAUGACGACGACGUCUCCCCCCUCGCGCUCCUCAACUACGCCGACGACGUCAACUCCUCAUCAUCUUCCGCCACUGCCGCCGCUGUGAACACCGGCACCUCGGCUUCCACCCCUCCCCGGUGCUGGGACGACGUCGGCUCCUUCUCCCCCUUCCCCUCCAUCGACGCGCUCUUCGACACCCCUCCUACCCAGCAGCCCGACCCCGUCCCCGCUGUCUGCUACCCUUCAUCCACCUCCUCCUCGUCGUUGAACCCUCCUCUUCCCGCCAUGUUCCCGGUCCCGACGCCGUACGCCGGAAACCACCACCUGAACCCCUUCGACCACCAGAAUCCCAUGGUCGUCGACGCGAUCACGAACGGCUACCCGCCGUACUCCCCCGACGCCGCGGCAUUCCCACCGAGCCACCAGCAUGCGGCGGCGUACGUGCAGCAGCGGCAGGGGUUCACGGGGAUGGAGGCUGGUGGCAUCGAGGCGUGCGGAGGACCGUACCGCUUCUUUUAUGCGGGAGAUAUAUUGGCAGCCGACGUGUUGAGGCCCGACGACGGUCUCGCGAACCCAGCCGACGUAGCGGAAAACCAGAGGAGGGAGAAUGACCAUGUGUGGUACGGGCAGUCGCAGGCGCCGCCAACAGCGUACGGCACGGACGACUUACGGGUACUAACUGUUACUGUGUCUUUAAAUGCCGUCAUAUUUUUCAUGGCAAGCACGAUUUAAGUGGCACUAUGAUUGGUCAACCCUACUGGAGUAGAGACCAAAAGAUCUAACGUUAAAAAUACAAGCGCCGCCUCAACAUCCUCGUGAUCUAACUCCUAACCGGACAACCACAUCAUUCUCUUGAAAUCCUCAUUUGGCACCGCAUGACGUGUUUGGGUCCCAUGUUGCCUAUUCAAAAUCAUGUUGACUGGUUCAAUUACUUUAGUGG